UGUGUCUUAAAAAAAAUCAAGUGUUUGUGUAAAACAAUUGUCGGCCAAAACAUUGACAGACAGAGAGAGAGAGAAGUUAAUAAACAAGAUUUAGUUGAAAAUUAUUAUCCAACGAAACCUAAACUUAAAAACUAUCAAAAAGUAUUUCAUCAAAAUCUACAAAAAGAAGUGGUAAUUGAAGACUUGACCUGAAGAUAACGGACACAAGUAUUUGACAUUUUUUUGCUGACUUAAAAAGACGACAAUAUGAGUGACCAACACAUGCGGGAACACGUGAGAGACGUCAGAGACAUACGUGACGUACGGGACAUACCAUUGAAUGACGUGCGCGACGACUAUUCGCUUGAAGAGAAACUGGUGGUCAGUGUCUGGAUUCACGACCGACAGCUAACUGGUAAGUCUAUCGACGACUUGCGUAUGGACUUUGAGCAACGAUUCAACAAAAAGGCGCCAAAGUAUGACGCCAUGAUUGGAUGGGAACGGUCGGCAUUUGCUACCGGUUCGGUACUCGAACCGGUACCACAUAUAUCCCAGACUCGCGAACAACAGCAACACCAGAACCGAAUGCAUUUGGAGUCCAAUAGUGGUGACGGCUUGAGACGCAAACAGUCCCAACAAAAUGCCUCAUCCUAUCAUCCAUCGCUCUACAAGACAGAGAUGUGUCGCCAGUACUACGAGUACGGGUAUUGCGAUUACGGGGAACGGUGUCUGUUUGCACACGGAAAGUACGAACUGAAGCGUAUACCCAACUACAAGACCAAACUGUGCGCUUCCUAUCACAGCUCCGGUUUCUGUUCGUUUGGCUCCCGGUGUGCGUUCAUCCAUAAGAAACAGGAGGCCCGCAUUCAGGAUGGCCCCGGUGGUGGUAGUAGUGGCGGCGGCGGUAGCAGCGAUGGAGGACCGACCAAAGUACGUGCUUCGCGAUCCAUACGACCCAACCGACGCACUGAAUUGAGCCGACCUAAGAAAUAGAGUGCAGACAACAACAGUACCGAAGUUGGCUUUAAUAGUGCGGAGGACAGUUGUGUGUGUGUUUGUCUAUGUGUGCCGUCACCAAAAAUUGGUGCUUAUAUAUAUAUGAUAUAUCUGAUAUAACAAUUCAUUAGAUGAAAUAUAUAGAUAUAAAUAUAAAACCAAUAUUAAUUAAUUUCUUACUU